AUGCCGGACAGGUGCGCUGUAUAUGGCUGCUCAAAUCAAGCAAGUUUAGAAAAUAAUGUUUCUGUGCAUCGGAUUCCUUUUCUAAACGAUGACAGAGUUGAGGCGAAGAAGAGAAGGAAGAAAUGGGUUGAUUUUGUGAUGACAACUCGCGACAAGUGGGAACCCACUGUAAAUUCGGCUGUGUGUUCUGAGCAUUUUACUAAAGAUUCUUUUCAGAGAAGAUUUGACUUUUCUCCUGAGGGACUGAAAAAGUAUUGUCCGAGGCUACUUAGGGAUGAAAUCGGAAUUUUAGCUUAUCCCACUCUGCAUCUGAAACACAAAACGAAAAAAGAACCUUCGUCACGCGAUAAAAGAAUGGUGAGUAUAAAAUGUAGUACAUAUAUUAUUGUAAAGCUUUGUAUGAUUUUAAGUCUCGGUUGACUUUUUAAUACUUGACCUUGUUGUAUUUUUUCACAGCAAAAAAGAAAUGUCAUAACCAGCCUCGCCAGUCACUCAGAACAACCGCAUACAAAGAAGUCGAAAGGUGAAGAGCAUCCCACCGUUUCUUUUGAUGAAAAUGAACAUCUAGACGACUUUUGUGAUGAAAAUUUUCUUGUGGAAGGACCCUCGGUUAGUUUUGUGUUUGUUAGUGUUUGAUUUGAGCAAAGUGUAUUACAUUUGAAUUAAAACAUGUUCUGUUUAUCGCUCACAGACACAGCUCAAAGACGUUGAAGUGCAAUGUUGCCUUGUCGAUAAGUCGACUCGACAUUAUAAAAACAUGUGGGCUACCGCAAAAUAUAAACUUCAACGUUGCCGAAAUGAACUCAAGAAAUGUAAAAUUAAACUAGGUAAGACGAAAUUUAUCAUAUGAUUUGUGUUUACAUGUAAUGCAUGAGAAAGAUUAGCCUUUUUGCAAGAGUUGACUGACUUUUCCGAGCCAACUGGCCUCCAUAUAUUUUUAGCCAAUUUGUUAUUUAUUGAAGGCGAGAUGAAUAUUCGAGAAUUGAGGUGUUUGUUUCACCAUUUGUUUGUUUCACCAUUUGUCCGCUGUGCCUGUGGCUUUUUUAGAUUGUUUUGGACUGCCGGCUUUUUAUGAUAUUACUAAAAACGCGAAUGCAACUUUUUCCUUGAAAAACGGCUAACGUCAUGUUUUCACGUCAAAGCACAGCGGAAAUACGACUAUAUUCUUUUUUGCCGGAAAUUUCAAACUAUUAUUAGCUGUUAUCAACAUAAUUUCUCAUGAACCAAUCAAAUGUCGAGCGACAUUCUCAUGAUGUCGAUUUCAACACGUUAUAAAUAUUGUAGUCGCAUUCCUGAAUGUUUUGACGUGAAAACAAUGACACGUUUUAAAAAGAAAAGUAUCACAAUAUUCGCAGAAUUGGUAAUAUUUCUAUUAUUUUUCAAGCGUUCUCAAUUACAUGGUAGGAUCAAGUGUACGCUAACUGAAACAUUGUACUGUACAGGUUAUAUUGGGUGUGUAAGCGAAUCAAGCGAAUUGAGUUCUGAUGAUGAAGCUAAUGAAGUGCUUGGAUGCAAAAAUGGCUAUGACUCUGAAAAUGACUAUGAAUCUGAGAAUGACCUGGUGUAUGAAAAUGAAUCCCCGUAUGACACUGAGGAUGAUUCACAGUCACAAUCAAGUACUGAAUUUGAUAUCAAUUCUGACAGUGAGGAACAUUACAAGAGGUAAUAGUUGUUUGGAAGUUAGCUUCAUCCCACCAAAAUUUCUAAUGAACCAUUAAAAAAAGCAUCCAUACCUCCCACACAGAUGAAAUUGGAAGUUAACCCACCCCCUUGGAUAUCCUAAUACACAUUACUAUCCCCCCACCGGACAGCAGAAAUUUCCUCUGUGGGGAGAGUGUGGAUCUUUUAUGUAAUGUCCCAAUUGUAAUUUUUGGCAAUCAGUCACAGUAAUGAGGUUUUCCAACCAAGGGGGGGGGGAACAAAUAUAAAUUAGGGGGGGCAGCAUGUCAAAUUUAAUAGUGGUUAACUUGACAUUUCAUUCUUUCCCAGGUGGGUAAUUUUGCCAGGAUGGGACCUGCCCCCUCCCACUCCUGUGUGACACUACAUCACUGAUCAGUCAGUAAUUGAUCAGUUCGUGUUGAGCUUACCGAAUUGUUUUAUUAUAGGGUGUUUGCAACAGACAACAAUUUAAGAUCAGAGCCAAAGUUUAUUGUGUUUUUUACACAAUUAUUGGCUCUUUUUAAAUUUUGUCCCAAUUGCAAAGCAGAAAAUCCUGAUGUUGAGGUUCACCAAAAUGGUACUAUGGCCAAAGUUAAAUGCACCUGUACCAACCCUAAGUGUAACAAUAAGAAUUUCACGUGGACCAGUCAACCCCUUAUUCCUGGAACAAGAUUACGAGCUGGAAAUUUCCUGCUGUCUUUUGCAAUUAUUGUUGCUACUUGCUGGAGCAUCUGCAACCAAAAUCUUAAGAGUCUUACAACACAUGGGAGUAGCUUGUAUUUCACUAUCUACAUUUUUCAGUCACCAACGUGUAAGUGAAAUUUUUAACAAUAUUGCUUGUGUGUCAAUUAAUUACUGUCAAAUGGUUAGUUAAAUACAACCAUUUUUAAUUGCCAAUAGGAACUUCAGAUAAUGCUGGAUGUGAUGGUACUGACCUGAAUACACAUUUCCAGAAAGUACCGUAUGGUACAUUGGUUAUUUAUUCUCAGAUUCAUGAUUGAUAUCAUAUAUAUUUUAUCUUUCUACUUAAUUGUGACAUAAUUGUAUGAAUUAGGUCUUUUACAUUAAAUAUAUAAUUUAUUAUCCAGGCACAUGAUUUCAUAAGCAUGUCACAAAUAGCUGAGAUAAACGGUUUUAGGCCAACUGGCGUAGCCAAGGUCUGUACUCCCAUACACUCCGGGCAGAAAACGAGGGGGGGGGGGUGCAAAGUGUAGAAUAACAAUAAAAAUAUUUUUUCCUUGGUUAUUAUUUUCUGUCAGCACAUGUUUCAGAAUGUGUGAAAUGCUGUUUUAUGGACCCUAGAAAUUCAAAAUUUCAACAGGGGAACAAUGUCCCUUGUUGCAUCAUAUUUUCCUGUUAUCAUUCUAUGUCUGUUUUGCCCCCACCCCCCCAUGUCAGCAACCUGGCAACGCCACUGUUUGGGCAGAGAUCUGAGAUCUUGUCUCUCAGAUCUCUGCCUAUUAAACAGUGGCGUAGCCAGGGUUGACUUUACAAUUAGUUUAUGGAAGCAUGCACUGAGUGUGAUUCACAACCUGUAAUCCCCCUAGCUGUUGUCUGUUGAAUUUAUCAGUGUUGAAACUAGCCUGGAAACUAGCCAGUUUAGUUGAGGAAACUAAAUGACAAAUAGAUAGCAGUGUAUAUUUUGAUUGAUUGUUAAAUAGUAGAAGUAAUUUAUAUUAUUCUCAUUCUAGGAAAAAUUGUUUCCUGCAAUCCUACUACACUGGAAGAAAUACCAAUCAUGUAUGAUUGAACAAUUGAAGUCUUCUGGGAAACAACUUGUUAUUGCUGGUGAUGGGAGACAUGAUUCAAUGGGGCACAGUGCAAAAUACUGUGCAUACUCAGUGUUUUGUUGCACUGUUCCCAACAUUAUUGAUUUUUCUAUUGUGCAGGUAAUUUGAUCUUAAUUCAUGCUUUAUUUGUGUUUCAUGAUAACAUUGGUUUGCCCCUCUACCCACAAUAUUUGGCAAAGUGUCUGCCACUGGUAUCAACUACUAUAAUUGUCUUUUUUUUUCAGAAAAAUGAAGUGGGAAACAGUCCAGCAAUGGAGUAUGAAGGUUUCAAAAGGUCUAUGGACAACCUCCUAAAACGAAAUAUUCCUAUAUCUACAUUUGUAUCUGAUAGACAUACAUCCAUCGCCAAGCAUAUGCGGGAAAAGCACAAAAAUAUCACUCAUUACUUUGAUCUUUGGCAUUUAAUCAAAA